UAUUUACAUUGGACGUGUCUUCCCCUUACUUACAUCCUCCUCAACCUUGGUUAAAAAAGUUGAAAUUCUGCGCCAAAAACCCCUAAAGCCUAAAACCUGACCUGAAUGUUAGAACACCAAGAUGAAAAUGUUCUUCGCUUACUCGACCAAAUUUUUCAGAGCCAAAAAGUGCGAAAGCUUCAUAAUUAAACCCAUCCAAUUGAUCAUCUACAGACCCAUGUCGCAGUCUACCUCCAUACCCAAAAAGUUGCAGAGGGUCCGAGACCAUGGCUUCGAUAACUACAUGGAAGUGGAGAAGAAGACCCGGAAGGUCCUCAAGUCUCAGGCCCUCAUUCUCGCCCAACCCAAUCAAACUCUUCCAGUCUCACGCCUCGACAUCCUCGCUCGUCACCUCGGCUUCAAACAAGACGAAGUUGGUGCUUUCCUACUCAAAUUCCCCCACGUUUUCGAGAUUUACGAACACCCUGUUCAACGAGUUCUAUAUUGUCGCUUAACCCGCAAAGCCCAUCUCCAGAUUGAGCUGGAAAAGCAUGCCCUUCAUGCCCAAAUCCCUGAAGCCGUGACCCGACUCCGAAAGCUUUUGAUGAUGUCCAACGCCGCCCGCCUUCGGCUCGAGCACAUCCGCAUUGCGCGGGUGGAAUUCGGGUUGCCCGACGAUUUCGAGUACUCGGUAAUUCUCAAGUACCCCCAGUAUUUUCGAUUAAUCGAUGCUGAAGAAACUAGGAAUAAGUAUAUUGAGUGUGUUGAAAAAGACUCGAGUUUGAUGGUAUGUGAUAUAGAGAAACUUAGGGAGAAGGAGUAUAGAGAUAAAGGAGCUAAUGCUGAGGAUAUAAGGUUUUCAUUUAUUGUGAAUUUUCCACCUGGUUUUAAGAUUGGCAAGUAUUAUAGGAUUGCUGUGUGGAAAUGGCAGAGGGUUCCUUAUUGGUCACCGUAUGAGGAUAUUUCUGGUUAUGAUUUGAGGUCAAUUGAGGCUCAGAAGCGAAUGGAGAAGAGGGCAGUUGCCACAAUUCAUGAACUGUUGACUUUGACUGUUGAGAAGAAGAUUACAUUAGAGAGGAUUGCUCAUUUUAGGAUGGCAAUGAGUUUGCCUAAGAAGUUGAAAGAAUUUCUUCUUCAACAUCAGGGUAUAUUUUACAUUUCGACUCGAGGGAAUUAUGGGAAGAUUCAUACGGUUUUUCUUAGGGAGGCCUACAAGAAGGGGGAAUUGAUAGAGCCAAAUAAUUUGUAUUUGGCGAGGAGAAAGUUGGCUGAAUUGGUUUUGUUGAGCCCUAGGAAUGCAAAAGUCGAUAGGGAAUUGGUUAACUUCCGGAGAGGAAGGGAGAAUGAUCAUGAGGUGAGAGGCUUUGGAAGAGACUACGUGGAUGAUGGUGGAACAGAUUUUGAAGGCGGGGAGAAUAAUGUGCAUUGUAGGGAGCCAUAGAGGGAUUUGGGUUUGGGUAGUGACUUUGGUUAUGAUGAUCACAAGGCCAAUGAAUUUGUGGAUUUGGAGCAUGUGGAUUUAACUGAAGCUAAGUUUGUGAAUUUUAGAAGUGGGAAGUAUGUUGUUCGUUGCGGGGAACGAAAGAUUGAGUUAAUUUUGGCUCGGAUUAUAGUAAAAAACAUAAAUGAGGCUGAGUAAUUUGCGGAUGCAAAGCAUGUGGGAUCAACUGAGUGACUUGAAACAAUUAUGAUUUGAUUUGAGAUUUUGUAGGUGGAUAGAAAGAAUGAAAUGAAUUCACAUUUGGUUGAUGAUUUCGAUUCUGUUUUACUGAUGAAGAUGAUGAGGUUGACGGAUAUGUGGAUGCUAAAUAUGUGGUUUCAACUUGGUGACUUAAAUGAUAAUAUCUAUAUAAAUAUAUGCCUCUUUUGGAUAAUGUUGUGGAUCUUAAUAUUUGUAAUUAUUUUCUGAAUUUGAAGAGCUGUGAUCAUUUGGAAAUGUGAUCUGGGUUGCCAAAUGGUAGAAGAUAGCUUAUAUGAAGAGCAAUUGUUUAGAAAAUCUCGUAUCAUCCUAGAGCACAUGGUCCUAACCAAAAAAUAAAAGUAAAACUCCCCAGUUAAUAAAUAUUUAGUGCCAACAUGUAGAAAGCAAGACAGAAAUCAUAAGACUGCAGAUUCCAGCAACUAACCAGGAUGAUUUUGAUAAGAGCAAGAAGAAACUUCCUGAUUUUGAUAGGGUCCCGGUGCAUUCCGUCAACUUCACUUGUUGGUUUCUCAACAUGCUCCCUGAGUGUUGUUUCUUAUGAAAACUCGGUGUAAGUAUUGAUAUGUCAAAAUUUUCCUUUUCUUAACGUUGCAGCCAUUGUUUGGAUGGCUUGAGGAUUGGUCUUGGUGGUAGCUUUAUGUUACUUUGGGUUUGAUGUAACUAUUCUCUCAUUUUCAAUUAACCACAGGGAAUAGUUAUAUUGCUUAUGACACGGACCUAAAUGGUACUUUAUUGGGUUUUGUGGUGCUCUUGUAACUUCUAAUAGACAUUUCACUUGUACUCUAUUUGAAAGUCUAUGAUAUCUAUAAAUUAGGAGGCUCCCUGUGACCUGGUAGAUGAUAAUUAACUUUUAUUGUUUACAUCCUUGACAUAUAACGGAGCUUGUACACUUGAUCCAAUAAUUGUAUUGGUAAACAAUGUUGUCAAAAGAAGACUUUAUUUGACUUUUGAUGA